AUGUCAGCAACAGCAGAUACAGCUCCGACCAACGAGCAACUUCCGAGCGAAUCGUCCGCACCAGCUCCACCAUCAGACACUGCCACUCGUGGCGAAGCAGGCUCCGCCACGGCCGCUGCAGCAGCAGCGGCAGCACUGGAAUCCAGCACCGACCCGGCUGAACGCGACCACAUCGAGCGCGAUGUAUCCAAUAUUCUCGCGGGUCUCAAUCAGGAGCAGCUCGCUUCCAUCGUAGCAGCAGCUCGCGCAUCCGAAGCACGCAACGGCGAUGGGGCUGCACCCGGCGAGAGCUUUGCAGAAGGCUCCAAUCUUCCCCUCGGCCUCGGGCAGGCAGCGAGUGCAUUGACCAGCAUCGCUUCCGGAUUCAAGCGCACACCAGGGAACGACAGGACCAACUUGGGUACGGAGGCGGCGGCCAAAGAUCUGGGCGACGCACCUCCUCCACCUGGUUACGAAGAGUCCAAAGAUCUGGACUCUGCCACUAUCGCAGCGGUGAAGUCUGCCACGGACAAUGCCACCGCAGCUGCUCUCGCUAGCCUCGGCUCACUCGCUGCAUCCAACUCGGCACAACAGGACGAUGCAGAGGACUCGAUGGAUUACGACUCCCCCACUAACGGCGACUCACCCAACCGCGGCAUCAAACGUUCCAGAGGUCCCGAACUAGAUCGUCAACGCAAAGACAAUCACAAGGAGGUAGAACGUCGUCGUCGAUCAGCCAUCAACGACGGCAUCGUCCAACUCUCCCACAUCGUCCCCGGCUGCGACGCCAAAAACACCAACAAGGGUGCCAUCAUUCACGCUGCCGUUCGCUACAUUCAGGAUCUCAAACACAACGAGGCGAGCAACAUCGAAAAGUGGACACUGGAAAAGUUGCUCAUGGAUCAAGCUAUGGGCGAUCUCACCGCUCAGUUGGAUGAAGCGACCCAGCAGGUCGAGAGGUUGAGACAGGAGUUGGAGGAGAGAUAUGCCCAACAGGACAAAGCGUAG